AUGUAUCAGCCCCUACAAGCAUUUCAAUUUAAGGCCUCCCGGGUGGCGCAGUGGUUAAGCUGUGCCAUCAGAGACUCUGGGUUCGCAGCGCAGGCUCUGUCGUCACCGGCCGUGACCCCUCCACCCCUACCCAACCUCACCUCACCCCUACACACCCUCCACACCUCCCACCCCCUACACAGCCUCACCCCUACACACCCUCCACCCCUACACAGCCUCCCACCCCUACACACCCUCCACACCUCCCACCCCUACAGCAGCCUCCACCCCUACAUCAUCCCCCACCUCCCACCCCUACACUGGCUCCACCCUACACACCUUCCACCCCUACACACACCUCACCCCUACACACCCUCCCACACCUCCCACCCCUACACCCUCCCACCCCUACACACCCUCCCCCCCCCACUCCUCCACCCCCUCCCACACUCCACCCCCUACACAUCCUACACACCCUCCCACCCCUACACACCCUCCCACCCUCCCACUCCUACACACCCUCCCACACCCUCCACACCCUCACUCUACACAUCUCCCCACCUCCCACCCCUACACACCCUCCAACCUACACACCCUCCCACCCUCCACACACUCCACUCCUACACACCCUCCACACCCUCCACUCCUCCACACGCUCCACACCUCCACCCCUACACAUCCUCCACACCUCCCACCCCUACACACCCUCCCACCCCUACACACCCUACACACCCCUCCCACUCCUACACAUCCUCCACACCUCCACCCCUUCCCACCCUCCCCACCCUCCCACUCCUCCACACCCUCCACCACUCCCACACCCCCAGACCUUACACACCCUCCCCCCUCCCCACCCUCCACCCCCUCCACACCCUCCACCACUCCCCAGACACAUCCUCCACACCCUCCACCCCUCACACCCUCCCACCCCUCCACCCCUCCACCCCCUCCACACCCUCCCACUCCCCAGACCUUACACCCUCCACCCCUCCACACCCUCCACCACUCCCACACCCCAGACCUUACCACCCUCCACCCCUCCACACCCCUCCACCCCUCCCACCCUCCACCACUCCCCAGGCCUUACACACCUUCCCACCCCUCCCACCCUCCACCACUCCACACCCCCAGACCUUACACCCCUCCACCCCUCCACCCUCCCACCACUCCCCAGACCUUACACCCUCCACCCCCUCCACCCUCCACCACUCCACCCCCAGACCUUACACACCCUCCACCCCUCCACCCUCCACCACUCCCCAGACCUUACACACCCUCCACCCCUCCACACCCUCCACCACUCCACACCCCAGACCUUACACACCCUCCACCCCUCCACACCCUCCACCCCUCCACACCCUCCACCACUCCCCAGACACACCUUCCACCCCUCCACACCCUCCACCACUCCACACCCCAGACCUUACACACCCUCCACCCCUCCACACCCUCCACCCCUCCACACCCUCCACCACUCCCCAGACCUUACACACCCUCCACCCCUCCACACCCUCCACCACUCCACACCCCAGACCUUACACACCCUCCACCCCUCCACACCCUCCACCACUCCCCAGACCUUACACACCCUCCACCCCUCCACACCCUCCACCACUCCACACCCCAGACCUUACACCGGGCUUUCUGUU